AAUGCAAAAUUUGCCGUUGUUAGACAAUUCACCUAUGAAUGUAUCAUAGAAAAAAAAUUAGACUCGUUAAAAUUUUGUGAUCGUCUUGCUCGUUAUAAUGUAACACUCUUAGCAUAUUUGAAUAGUAUCAUUGUUCCUGAUGUUUGGAAAAAUCGACUAUCUAAUAAUGGUAUUAGGUUAUUGUGCAGUAUGAAAUUCUAUCGAAAUAUUUUAAAUUUACCGUAUACUAGUUCAUCAAUUGCUGUUCAAUCUAAUGCCAUUAAUUAUUAUGAUGGUGAAACACAGAAAGAAAAUUCACUCGGUACAUAUGAUCGAUUUUCAAAACAGCAAUCGUUCAAUGGUAAAAUUUUAAUAAUCUGUUCAUUAGUUUUGUCACGAGGUGCUAAAAAAUAUUGUAAUCAGUCUGUCGAACAGAUAACACAUCCUAAUUCUCAUUUAUCAAAUAUUACACAAUCCAUUACUUAUUCAAAUCAUCUUCUAGAACAUGAAAUUAAUAAUUUUCGUUCAAAUACACUUACACAGAAUUUCGUUAAUUCUCUUGUCAAUGGUAGCUCAAUCAUCGCAAGUCGAAAAGGUAAAGUGUUCAAUGUAGAUCAUACAAGUGAAGAAGAAUGUAUUCAUUCAACAUCAAACAUUGAAAAUAAUGUUAAAUAUAGCAAAUCUAAUUUAUCAUCACAGCUGUAUCAUCCUAGUGUAUCUCAAGAAGAAAUUUUUAUGAAUUGGAACGACUUACGUAGUCAUGUCAUUGGUUUAAGCAACCCAGGAAAGAAUUUAUGUUAUAUUAAUGCAGUACUUCAAUGCUUAGCUGACACACCUCCAUUUAUUAAUUGGUUAUUUCAACAGAGUGAAUUGUCUAACAACGGCAAAUUUUGCAUUAUAUGCGAAUUAAAAAAAAUUAUCAAUUCUCUUAAUGUAUCUGCGACCGAAGUUGUUAGCGACGAAAAGCAGCAAUUUGUUGCAUCUGCUGGUGUUAUUAGCAAAUAUGUACCUAUAUUAUCACCUGCUUUCAAGAUUGGAGAACAAGAAGAUUCUAGUCUUUUUAUUACAAGUUUGUUGGAUCAUUGUGCAAGUUAUUUAUCUUCUUAUUCAGCAACAGGCUCUACUGUUCCAAUAUCACAAACAGUUAUUGAUACAAUAUUUGGUAUUAAACUUCUAUCUACCAUUGAAUGUUCAUCAUGUUUAAAACUUUUUACUAAAGAAGAAUUUGUUUAUAUGUUAUCUGUUGAAAUUAAUAACAUUAAUAGUUUGUCUGAAGCACUUAUACACUUCACUGAUCAAGAAAUAUUGACAGGUGAAAAUGCUUAUCAUUGUUCCAGCUGUGAAAAUCUUGUUACAGCUAGAAAAGGUCUCACCAUCCACACAUUAUCUGAUAUAUUAAUAAUUAAUUUUAAAAGAAGUAUUACACUGAAUAAUAGAACUGCAAAAUUAUCACACAAGUUAAAUUUCAAUGAAUUGUUGGAUUGUUCUUCGUACAUGACUUUUCAACAGUUCGAUUCAAAUAAAGAAAAUAUGGAAAAUAAUAUAUCUGAUGAUAAUAUUUAUAAACUAUAUGCUGUUAUAUGUCAUCAUGGUGAUAGUAUUGAACAAGGUCAUUACUGGUCAUACAUUCGAACAUUAAAUGAUAAAUGGUUUCUUGUUGACGAUGCACACUAUCGUGACGUACCAUUAGUGGAAGUUUUAGAUAAUCCAAGUGCAUUUAUUUUAUUUUAUGGCAAAGUGUCAUAUAAAAACAAAAGACAUGACACAGUCUAUGAACAACGAGCACUGACAUCCUUGUCAACACCACAAAGAAAACGUCAUCAAUCUUUGUCUAUUUCUGAUUGUCCACUCGUGUUAAAUCAAUCAUCUAAUUCAAUUCAACCAUCUAAUUCUCAACAAGAACAAAAUUGUACUGAAACUUCAACAAUUUCAGCAUCAAAAAACAUUGAACGUCAAUAUGAUUGUGAAACUUUUGUAGCUGAAGGAACUGAAAGCAGUAUCACAAUUUAUCGCAAAUGUUUGAAGGAUUCACCAAGAGAAAAAAAUAAUAUUGAUGAUAGAUUUUGUAAAGAAACCACAAAGAAUGUUGCAACUGUGGCAGCUGGUGUAUCAAUGGACGAAGUUUUUGAAUCUACAGUACCACCGAAUUAUAACUUUCGAUUAAACUCAAGUGAACUCAUGAAAAUGGUUCAUAUGCAAAAUGAAGCAUUAGAAAGAAAGAAACAUCGUAUGAUGAAGCAAAUCGGCUUAUUAUAUGAUUCAUCAUCUUCAACGUCAACAACUAAGUUAUCAAAAAAUGCAUCACGAUCAGAUAUAAUUGAUGAGAUAAAUAAUAACAUUCAAAACCAAAAUAAUAGUAGCAACAGAAGUAAUCGCAAAGUUAACAUUGAAUACCUAAAUUUAAUUUCGCCGCAUUUAAAGAAAUACAAUUCUGCAUGUGGUUUAUGUAUCUGCACGCGCUAUUUUGGAACCAAUAUCUCAAAAUCAACAGCUCUUCUUCUGAAAUGUAUUCUUAAAUGUAGUGGACCGAGUUGCAAAUUUAAAUGCAAUCUUAAUAUCUUAAAUAAUGGUUAUUGUUUUGCCAUUACAUUAAAUCGAACAAUUUUUCAUCCUGUUAACGAACGAGUUGCUCGUCCAAUUCGUGGUUCAUUACGUCGAACAAUUAUGGAAAAAUUUAAAGCUGGUGGUUCUGUGUAUCGAAUACACGCUCAAUAUGAUGAGCAACGAACAUCAUCAGAAAGACAAGCUUAUAAUUAUGAUUUAAUUGGUAAAUCAAAAAAGGUGUUUAAGAAGAUAAAAUCUGAAGCAGUUGCUGAAACAUUACUUGCACCCGACGUCACUUUAGGGAUAUUACAAUUGCAUGACAAAUUACUUGAAGAAAUAAACAGUGAAGGAAUUAUUAAAGGUGCAUUACAAAUAGUUCAAUGUCGUCCAUUUUGUGUUGUUGUUUUUACAGAAGCCUCAAUUAGAUUAUAUGAUGCAAUUGUAAAUUGUCCAGAAUCUGUUCUUUCGUGGGAUGCAACGGGAGGAAUUAUCAAAAAUUCAUCAGCUAAACAAUGCUUAUACUACGAACUCACCAUCUCACAUCCCAACAUAGUCAAUGAAGAUAGUUUAGUGCCUUUGACAUUUAUUCUUUCUGAAUGUCAAACACUGUUUACUGUCAUUCAAUGGUUAUCAACGUUCAAAGAUUGUCAUAGAAAAGUUUUUCCCAACAAGAAAGACGCUUUUCCGAAACCAGCUAUAAUUUUAUCAGAUAGAGCACAAGUAUUUUUGCAAGCAGCUUUACGUGUAUUUAACAAUGAAAGUUAUCAGAAUUUUCUGGCACGUUCUUAUCGUAUUGUGACCAAUGCAGCUACUUCUGAUGAUUUAUCAAAAACUAACAUACACGCCUGCCUAUCGCACUUUAUGAUGGUAAGAAUAUGCUUUCAGUUGAUUAACUUUAGGUUAUUGUUUUUACAAUGUUGUAGGAUAUGAGAAGACGCGUGAACAAGUAUUUAUCCGAAGAUAUGCGUGAAGUUGCUAUGUGGUCCAUCGCUCUCUUGGUGAAUACGAGCACAUGGUCAGAAAUAAAAGAAAAUUGGAAACUCAUUUGUCAAGUAUUUUUAAGUUAUUCGACAAACAGUAAUUUGAAUUUCAAAUGCCAUCAUGCAAAGCUUCUUUCACGAAUUAGUAAAAUUACGAAUGAUCCAAAUUCUACAAGAGCUAUUAAUCAAUCAAAUAAAGUUUUGUCCAAUACCAAUGAUCCAUUUCUAUUCGGAAAUGAAGAUGAACUU